UUUGUGUUUUGCUUCUUCUGUUCGUUUCGGAGUCUCUGUUUUGCUUUGGAAUUUCGUUGUAGUAUUUAAAAGGACGCGAUUACGAUUUUAGUUUUCGAUUACGGAAGGUUAUUGAUUGAAAGUUUUUAUAACAAUGAGCACCAAUCGGAUAAAAAAGCUACAGCAAAGCAAUUUUCAAGUGUGUCGUUUCUGCCUGCAUGGAAAUACUGAGGAUCUAAGUAGUAUUUAUGACAAAAUUACGGAUAGAGUAGCUGUUCUAAGCCCCAUGAUCAAAAAAGUUCUCACGAUGUUGGACAUUCAGAUUCCACCAAAUGAUUCAUUACCUAAACUAGUUUGCAUCAAUUGUCGUGAUACGUUGGUUUCCAUACAUCAAUUUCAACGAAAUUCACAAAGAUCGUAUGACCUCCUCGAAAAGGCAAUGGAAACGAAGCCCAAUGAAUUGCUCUCCACAAACAAUUCCGAUGAAGAAGACCAUGUUAACCUAGUAUCGCCAUUUGCGGUAUCGUACGAAAACCUGGAGUCAAACUCCGUCGAAGACAUUGGUCAAUUCUGUGGUCAACAGAAUGUUGAGGUGAAGGAAGAAGUGGAAGUCGCGGCUACAAUCCUUCAAUCGAGUGGAGUUGAGGAUGAAGUCAAAGAUGAGGAGUACCUAGAGGAAGAUUAUCUAGAUGACGAUGGCUACAUUCCGGUGCAGGACGACGGAGAAAUGAUAGUGUAUAAUAAGCCUCAAAUACCUAAAGUCAAGAUUCGCAAGCCACCUACUGCGAAGGUUUGCACCAUUUGUGGCGCUAAAACUACGGCUAUGUCCGUGCACAUGCGGACACAUACCAACGAUAGGUCGUUUGCGUGCAGCAUGUGUGAUAUGAAGUUCUACACCAACGGGAAACUACGCUGCCACUUUGAUGCGGUUCACGUUGGAGAGCGGAAGUUCAGUUGCGAAAUCUGCGGAAAGUCCUUUGUCCUGAAAAAGAAUCUAAAAGCCCACAUAAUGUCCCACUCGGCCAAACGGGAGCACGUUUGCUCACACUGUUCGAAGAGUUUCCUUUUCCGAUGGUCACUGACGGCGCACGAGCGAAUCCACACGGGGGAACGGCCUUAUGGCUGCACCUGGCAGAACUGCGGCAAGAGUUUCGUCACGAUUUCCAACUUGAUUCAGCACCAAAAGACGACCAACCACUGGAAGGAAGCGCCAGAGGAGAGGUGUACACUGUGCGGAAAGGCGUUUCUUACUAAGGCGUCUUUGAAGGCGCAUCAUACGAAGACACACGGCUUGGGGGGUUAUCAGUGAGUCUUGUGGGACUGUGUCUAUCAGUAUGUAUGUGUACUUGAUAUGCGUUUUAAAAUGAAUCUGGUUCUAAUAAAUAAGCAAUUGUAUGCGAAAA